UUCUUGGUGCCAUAUCUGGUCUUUGUGCUGACCUGUGGCGUACCCCUGUUCCUGCUGGAAACAACCAUGGGUCAGUAUACUCAGGAGGGGGGCAUCACCUGCUGGAGGAAGCUGUGCCCACUAGCAGAAGGUAUAGGCUUUGCAGGGCAGCUAAUUCUUCUCUACAGCUGCAUGACCUACAUUAUUAUUCUGUCGUGGGGUUUGCUCUACCUCAUGUUCUCCUUCAGCCCCCAGCUGCCAUGGGCCACCUGUGACAACUACUGGAACACAGAGAACUGUGUGGACUUUUCAGCAACAAACAGCACCUUCCUGUUGAUCAACGGGACGAACUCAACUUCGGCCGCCACAGAAUUCUGGGAGCGCCGUGUCCUGGCCAUUUCAGGGGGGAUUGAGGAGUUAGGCAGCAUCAGGUGGGAGGUGCUGUUGUGCUUGAUUGGAAUGUGGAUCAUCUGCUACUUCUGUAUUUGGAAAGGAGUCAAGUCCACAGGAAAG